AUGUCCUCUGGAUUAACUCCUGGAAAUAUUCGUGGUGGUCUCCGCCCUAUCACUGCCAGCAUCAAUUCACCUGCGAUGAUACCCAGACCCUCGUUAAUGAGUCAAUCACUGUAUCUUGUUCCACGUGGAAAUAUAAAUCAAAUGCAACCGGUGUCCCAGCCGAGCCUCCUUCAUGUAAGAAGUCUUGCCCACGGACAACCGGUCACACAGGGUAACGGUAUGCCUGGAAUUCCUCCUCAAACUCGUCCGUAUUCUCCAACUAUUAAUACCAUAGUCGCACCAGGCCUAAGUGAAUCACCGUUGGUCAAAUUCAUCAAGCAACUGAUGGAGCUUUCUCAGAAAAGCACCUCGGCUGGCACUCAGGGCAUUAUUGUCAAGCUUAUACAGCAACUCAUUGAUGAGGAAAUCGACUGUGAUGUCUUUUGUACGCAACUUUGUGAUUGUCUUAACAGUGUUAAAAAGAGGACGGACUUAGAAUCUCUUCUAAAAAAUAACAUUGUACAGUUGCGUAGAAGCCUUGCUGACGGUGCAUGCAGCAUUCCACAUAUUAAUCCACCUUCCCGACCUCCGCCCAAUAUUCCUUCGACAACAGUGUUUGUCAACCCAGCAACCAUUCUUAAUUCUGCCUCAUCCGCUUCACAAAUUCUCCCCCGCCCUCCUGAAGGACUUCCCGCUAAUGCUACCUUCCAGCUCUCGCAGGCAGCCACGGUGACAAUCGCUCCGACCCUUCCUCGUCCCACGACGCCACUUGUACAAAAUUCCGUUUUUACAUCGCGGCCCAUUACCACAACAAUUGCAUCUUCAACAAACCAGCCUAUCCGUCCUCAACUAAAACCAGCCCAACCUCUCCCUCUCCGGGUAAAGACACCUGUCAGUUCAGCCAUUUUUCAACCUGCCUCUGGCAUUACUGCUAUGGCACCACAACGUGGGUCUCUCUUCGCUACUGCCGCAACAGUUCGUCCGCUUUACCCUACUACGAUUGCUUCCUCUCCUUCAAUUGUAUCUUCGCCUACUGUAACCGUUGCAACUACCGCACCGGCUGCAUCGAGCACUGUCGUCUCUCCUCCAAACCAGAUGAAUCAACCAUUCUUUCCAGUGUCUCAGAUUCGGAGCUACCUUGCUUCUCAGUUGCCAGCAACAUCUACCAAUAUGCUUUCAGAAGAGGCAUUAAACUGCUUGGCACAUGGACUGGAUGCUUUCCUACGGAGUAUACUCACCCGCGUCUCUGUGGUUGUUGGACACAAGGCUGUGAAAUUAUCGGAUGACCCACAUCUUAAACAAAUGGAUUAUACAAGGGAACAACUAAACUAUCUUCAACGAUUAGGUGAACACGAUAAACAAAAACAGAGUGAACUUGAAAAGGAGUAUAUUUUGAAGGCCGCCAAGUCUCGUACUCGGAGCGAGAAUCCCGAUCAAGCUCGACUUCGAGAAAUGGCACACCAGCUUAAAAACGAACAAUACGAGCGUGAGCGCCAGCAGCAAGCCAACUGGACUGCCCUUAACGCCAUUGGUCUGCCAGCAAAUCGAAGACCACGACCCCCACUAAAUCCUUCCAGCAGUGACCAGGGUCUUUCCACCGCCGACUCCCCUUCUUCCACUGCACCUCGCCUUUCCCUUCUUAGCGCCAACUCCCGUCUUCGUCUGGUCCACCAGGCUUCCCCCUCUGGCUCCCCGAGCACCACCGUGGUUGGUGGUUUGGGUCAGGGUUCUACAACUACAACUCCGCGGUUUACCUUAGCCGCGUCUUUGCGAACCCGACGCGCUGGGCUUCGGGAACUGCAAGUGGUUCUUGCAAGCGAUCCCCGGCUGUGUAGGUCGCGGGCCUUCUACCGCUCUCACUGGCGAUAA